AUGGCUGUGAAGUGCACAGGGCAGUCAGUGGUUUUACUGUCAUUCUUGACAGUGGGAACUGCCUUCUCUGGUGUCUUCAAUACUUCAGGAAAAGAUGCUUUGGAGCAUCUCAAACUGACGGAGGAUAGCACAUCGCAGCACUGGAAGCAGCUGUCAGUCAGCCUUCACCCCAACUUGUACUUCAGCCAAGGUGAUGUGCAGCUACUGAGGCAAAGGUCCACCUCCACUCACAGCCACAUUUUCAAAGUGGUCCGAGCUGCUGUCACCACCAUGCUGUCCAAUGUGCCCCUCUACCUGCCCCCAGUGAAACACCAGGAGUUUACCAGCAAGUGGAACGAAAUCUAUGGAAACAACCUGCCCCCACUUGCCCUCUAUUGUUUAAUAUGCCCAGAGGACACAGCUGCCCUUCAGUUUCUAGUGAAGUACAUGGACAGGAUGGCAGACUACCCAGACUGGACAGUUACUAGCGCCCCUAAUGAUGAAGUUCCCAUGGCACACUCUCUUACUGGAUUUGCCACAGCAUAUGACUUCAUUUAUUCUUCCUUGGACAACCAGCGGAGAGACCAGUAUCUCAAGAAAAUAUGGUCUGCAACAGAGGAGCUAUAUGAGCUGUCCAAGUACAGGGGAUGGGGGAAGCAGUUUUUACAAAAUCAUCAAACAACAAACAUUUUAGCCAUCCUGAUUGGUGCAAUUGUUGUUGGCACCCAUGAUGAUCCAGAGAGUAUGAUUUGGAAACAGGUGGCAGUGAACUAUAUGGAGAAGACUAUGUUCCUACUGAACCACAUUGUGGACGGGUCUCUGGAUGAGGGCGUAGCUUAUGGAAGCUAUACUGCCAAAUCUAUAACACAGUACGUUUUCCUUGCACAGCGCCACUUUAACAUUGACAACACUCAGAACAACUGGCUUCGGACACACUUUUGGUUCUACUUUGCCACAUUGCUACCAGGCUUUCAGAGGACUGUGGGCAUCGCUGACUCCAAUUACAACUGGUUUUAUGGGCCAGAAAGCCAGCUGGUUUUCUUGGAUGCCUUUGUUCUACAGAAUGGCACUGGGAACUGGCUUGCACAACAGAUCAGAAAACAUCGACCUAAAGAUGGCCCCAUGGGUCAGUCAUCUGCCCAGCGCUGGACUACUCUGCACACGGAAUAUAUCUGGUACAACCCCCACCUUACCCCACAGCCACCUCCUGGAUUUGGAAAAGCAAGGAUGCAUAUUUUCUCCAACUGGGGUGUGGUAACAUAUGGGGCAGGACUGCCCAACAACCAGGGUAAUACAUUUGUCUCCUUCAAAUCUGGGAAGUUGGGUGGCCGUGCAGUGUAUGAUAUUGUCCAUGACAAGCCUUACUCCUGGGUUGAUGGGUGGAAUAAUUUCAAUCCAGGGCAUGAGCAUCCAGACCAGAACUCUUUUACCUUUGCUCCGAACGGGCAGGUGUUUGUGUCCGAGGCACUUUACGGUCCCAAAUAUAGCUAUCUAAACAAUGUGCUUGUGUUCAGCCCCUCUCCCACCAGCCAGUGCAACAAACCAUGGGAGGGGCAGCUUGGAGAGUGUGCUAAAUGGCUGCGCUGGACAGAUGAGGAGGUGGGGGAUGCGGCUGGCGAGCUCAUUACAGCAUCCUCCCACAGAGACUCAAUGUUUGUGAGUGGAGAGUCAGCACCAGCAUACUCUUCUGCUAUGAAGCUAAAAAGUGUUUUCCGUGCUCUGAUACUGCUCAACUCACAAACUUUGCUUGUUGUGGACCAUGUGGAGAAACAGGAGGACUCACCAGUGAACAUGGUUAGUGCAUUUUUCCACAACCUCGAUAUUGAUUUCAAAUAUGUCCCAUUCAGGUUCAUGGACAAGUACAAUGGAGCACUGAUGGAUGUGUGGGAUGCCCAUUACAAAAUGUUUUGGUUUGACAGUCAGGGUUCCAGCCCAGCUGCCAGGAUACAGGAAGCAGAACAGGCAGCAGAGUUCAAAAAAAGAUGGACACAGUUUGUCAAUGUCACCUUCCCCAUGAGGAGUACAGUCACCAGAACUGUGUAUGUGAUGCACGGACCUUACGUGAAAGUAUCAAACUGCAGGUUUGUGGAUAACAGCAUAAAUGGGCUGAGGCUGUCAGUGAUUGUUAACAACACUGAAAAAGUUGUGUCCAUUGCAACAAAUUACAAAGAUUUAGGUGCCCGAUCAAACUACUUAGGAUUUGGGGGAUAUGCUAAAGUAGAGGACAGAUAUCAGAUAACUCGAUUUGGCCUAGGAAUUCAAAUUAUUCCCAAGCAAAGCACAGCAGACAAUACACUGUUUGACUUUGGAUUUACAGUUAAUGUGAUAGCUGGGGUGAUACUGUGUGUUGCUAUUGGAUUUUUGACUCUGCAGAGACGGUUUUAUAUUUGUUUCAGCAAAUUAAUGCGCUAUGCUCUCCUCUUUGUCCUCCUGCUGUGGAUACUUGAACUGUUGUUUGUAUCAAACAGUUGUGAUCAGCUGCUGUGUGGCGUGAAAUGGAAAGGUGUGACCACUGACCCAGAGGAAGCCGUACAAUUAAAACAUUAUGAUCAACACCCUUACCCUCUUCCAACUGUUGUCAUUACAACCCUGCCUGGCUCUGGAGCAGAAAUACUGAAGCAUCUUUUUUACAACAGCUCUGAUUUUGUCUACAUUAGAGUCCCCACAGAACACUUGGACAUUCCAGAAACGGAGUUUGAGUUUGACUCUCUGGUGGAUGCCUGUGUGUGGUCAAAGUCUGAUGCUCAGCAUGGACGCUUUAAGGUGAUCCAGGGCUGGUUCCACUCUGUGGUCUAUAACACUAAGCUACACCUGCAGAACAUCCAGCUGUAUGAGUCCAGUAGGGGCAGGCUGACCCAAAGAGGUGGCGCUUCCAAGGACAAGAGGAAGAGGAUGAGGAGGAAGGAACCCCUGGCUGAGCAAAAGAGCAGAGGAAAAGGAAGUGUGGACAGGGAUGCAGAGUACAUCAGAGAACUGCGACGGCAUGUGAGCCAGUUUCAGAGUGCCCGAGCAGUCUUGAACUUGAGGAGUGGCAGCUGGACACUGAAACUCCCUUUCAUUCAGGAGGUGAUUGGCCCCUCCUUGCGGGCAAUCUAUGUGAUUAGGGACCCACGUGCAUGGAUCUACUUGAUGCUGUACAACAGCAAGCCCAGCCUCUAUUCCCUGAAAAAUAUACCACAGCACCUGGCUCUGACUUUGAAAGAGGAUAGUAGCAGGAAAAAGUGCCCAGGAUUCACCCCUGAGUUCCGGGUGCUUCGGAGGCUUCUCUCUCACUCAGAGACUAACCCCGUCCUGCUGCUGGCCCAUUUGUGGCUGGCACACACGGCUGCCACAAUGAGGGUCAACAGCGAAAUGCCUACAGGCUCGUAUCUGCAGGUGAGGUUUGAGGACAUUGUGCGCUUCCCAGAGGAGACCGCAGAAAGGAUACACACCUUCCUAGGUGUUCCAGUCACACCCACAGGCCUCAACCAGCUCAUGUUUACCACCUCCACAAAUUUGUAUAACCUGAUGUAUGAGGGGGAUAUAUCACCGGCUAACAUCAACAUAUGGAGGCAGAACAUGCCCCACAAGGAAAUCAAACUAAUUGAGGAUACAUGUUGGGUUGUGAUGAAGAGGCUGGGAUAUUCAAGGUUUACAAACUAA